CCUUGAAAUCCCCCCGAACUCCUUUCAAAGAUGCGCAUAUCCCCUUAGGUAGCCCACUGGUUUCGGGAAUACGAAUACGUUUCUCUUGUAACUCCAUAUCUAUUAUUUGCCCGCAAAAAUUUCCCUUUGGAUACGAACAGGGUCAGAAACCCUAACUUUUCUACAUCCGAGACGGGUGUUUUUUAUUUGUGCUGACCUAGCGAAGAUAAGUGUUAAAUUUCAGAAGAAUUGCAGAUUAAGUUGCAAUGGGAGGUCAUGGAGGUCUCAACAUUCUUCCCCAAAAACGAUGGAAUGUGUACAACUACGAAAACAGAGAGAAAGUUCGCCGAGACGAAGAAGCUGCAGCCAAGGAAGAGCAGUUGAAGCGCGAACAGUCUCGGAAGCGUGAUGCCGAGUCUCGGCUCGAGAAGCUCAGGCUUUCCCGUGGUUUGGCUCCCCCAAUUCAAGCUGCGGAGGCCAGUGGAUCGGAAUUGAAAUCGGGACAUAUCAAUCUCUUUGAGGGCCUUAAGGUUUUUGAUCCGGUUGGUGGGGCUGGAGAAGAUGAAGGCGUUUCGCAAAAGAGGAAGAAGAUGAAGAAGGAAGAGGCCCCGAAGGUUGUGUUGCCCGAGGAUGAGAAGUAUAGAUUAGGGUAUGGGGUUGCUGGGAAAGGCGUGAAGUUGCCAUGGUAUCUUUUGAGGCCAAGUGAUGAUGGGGUUACUGAGAGUAGUAAGGAAGGGGGAUCAGAAAGAUCGGGGAAGGAAGGGCCUAAGAGUAGUGGGAAGAAGUCAUUGGAAGAGAUGAGGGAAGAGCGUUUGAAGAGGGAGAAGAGAGAGAAGGAAAGGGAGAGAGCUUUGUUAUUAGAGAAGACCCAAAGAAAUGAUCCUAUGUCAAGGAGUAGAGGAUUUUCGAGGAGAGGAUGAGAGGAUGACCAAUGCCAGUGAACAUGAUUUCUAGUAUCAUGCCCUUCCUUGAAGUUCUGGCUUAUUGUGGAAGAGGGUUUUGCUUUCUCCAAAAACAGGAAGUCUCUACUUUUCAUUGUUUCCAAUGGCUUCUUGUAUAUAUUAUAUGCUCAGGGAGCUCUGAAUUUUAGAAAAUUUAUAUUGCACUCCUUUUAUGUCUCCAGUUGAAGGAUUUAAGUCCCUGUUUAAAGUA